AUGAAGAAGCUCUUGUUGGCUAAGAUUCAGAACGAGCCAUCAUCAAUGAAAAAUCAAAUCAUGCAGUUAAGUCAAAAAGGAGAGAAUAUGCGUUUACAGGAAAAACCAGAGGAGGCCAUAAUAUACCUCAAUAGAGCCAGGGAGUUGAAUGCCGACCUGGGGGAUCAGUUACUGGAAGCCAUGAUUUUAGAAUGUUUGGGUCACUGUUAUCAAUUGAAUGGUGUGUACGAAUUAGCCAUAAAAACAGCCAAUGAUGCCAUAUGUAUAUUUAAACAGAUGCCAGGAUGGGUUGGCCAGUUAGGCAAUGCAAAUAGUCUUAUUUGUCUUGGUAAUAUAUAUACUAAACUCGGUAAAUACAAGGAGGCCAUCGCCAAUCAAGAGAAAGCCAUUGAGAUAUAUUUAGAGCUACGUGCUAAACAUUAUUUGGGAAUUGCCUAUUGCCAUAUGGGGGAAGCACACAAUCAAAUAGGGGAAAAUAAAAAAGCCAUAAAUUUAUUUCAUGAAGCAUAUAAUAUCAGUCUGUCAACAGGGGAUAAAUUUGAGCAAGCUCGGAGCUUGCAUAACAUAGGAAAUGCCUAUAAUGAAAUGCAAGAAUUUGAGAAUGCUAUAAACUACUGUGAAGAAAGUGCCCGUAUUUUCACAGAAAUUGGCAGCAAAAAAGGAGCAUCACUUUCGUAUGGAGUAUUAGCAGGCAGCCAUUUGUAUCUGCGUGAAACAGAUACAUCUGAGCGUUAUUACAAUUUCUGUAUCGAUAUUAACCGUGACAUGAAGCAAUUUUCUGAUUUAUCCAUCGCAUAUGGGAAUAAGGGAAUGCUGUACUACUCCAUGGCCUUGCCAAUAUUUCUCGGUUCCAGUGAUGCUAAGGAAUCCUUGGAAAGGUGUAUUGAAACAUUCAAAAUGGCCAUGGAAUCGGCCGAUAAUGUUUUGACUAAUUUAUCAGUCGACAGUAAUAGAACAGCUUUUACAGAUAGAUUUUACCAAUGGUACGAUCACAUUACUGCUCCAUUCAAUCUACUAGGAAGAUCUACGGCUGCACUGCUAUUUCUUGAUUUGGGACGAGCAAAAAUAUUAAGAUACCUUGUAUACAACAAGCAGUUAGAAGACGAAGAAGACGACGAAGUUAAAUCGGGUUUCGAGUCGUCCUUGCUGACCAUUGAAAAUGGGGAGGAAAAGCACCGAAUUUCUGCCCUGUCUCGGGAUAUCAAACUCUACGAGUCCAAUGCUACUGUUCUGUUCUAUAAUUUUAACCACGCGCAAAUAUUAACGAUUUGGGUGUUGGACGCUAAUGGAUGCGUGUCGUUAAAGACAUCAGAACCUGGUGGAAAGUUUACAACUUCUCGUCAAGAACUGGAAGAACACAUUAAGAUCUUGUUGGAGAAAGCAUCCCUUGGAUUUCCACGCGGAUAUUCCUUCUUCAAAGAACCAGAGCCGAAUGUCAAACCUUUGUCUUCUAACCAACAACAGAAUGAAGAAAAUUCAGAAAAAGUGACAAGUUACAAGGAAGUGGUGGUGAUGGACAACACAGAUAAAUACAGAUCACCUGGUAAACAAGCUGACAAAUCAUACGAAGAUUUUUCCAAAGAUUCACGCUCUCUUUUGCAUAGAUCCUUGAUUGAUCCUGUGAAAAAUAUGAUUACUGGAACCAAGCUCAUUAUUGUUCCACAAAGAUGUCUUUUCUUUACCCCUUUUUCGUCAUUAAUCGAUGAAAAUGGCUGCCUCUUGUCAGAAAGAUACGAAAUACAAAUUAUUCCCUCAGUUCACGUACUGGCGAUAAGCAUGCAUGCGUCAAGAAGCACACAAAUUGGUGGUUCUUUGUUCGUUGGUAAUCCAGAAGUAAAGAAUUUUCAUCUACCAUCUUUACCAUCAGCAGAAGAAGAAGUGGAAUAUCUUGCAUCACUACUAGAUGCAAAACCAUUAACCGGGCGUAUGGCAACAAAGAGGAAAGUGAUGGAUCUCAUGUCCACAGCGUCCAUGAUUCAUAUUGCCGCUCAUGGUCAUCAACAAACUGGCCACAUUUUCCUAGCUCCAGACACUGGAAACCCAAAUGAAGGCUUUCGCCCUGCAUUGUCGACCGAUCUCCUCACACAAAAUGACGUCCUAAAGUGCAAACUGUCUGCACGGCUGGUUGUACUCUCCUGUUGCAACACUGGUAAGGGUGAAUUAUCCUCAGAGGGUGUCUUAGGUAUUGCCAGGUCAUUUCUCGGAGCUGGUGCCCAGUCCGUCCUUGUUACACUGUGGAAUAUUUAUGACAUAUUCACAAAGGAAUUUAUGAAAGUUUUCUACGAAAAGAUUUUCGAGGAAAAAUCAGUGUGCUUUGCGUUGAAAGAAACUAUGAAUCAGUUCCAAAGAAGUGUACAUUUCACUUCAUUCUUGUUCUGGGCGGCGUUUGAAAUCCUCGGAGAAGACGUUAGGUUCGUUAAAAGCGAACUCGAACAAAUUCGAAGAAAGAAUCAAGAUAUUUUAUGUCAUUAA